CCCACCCGCUAACUGAGGUCUGUAGUCACACGUCGUCUCGUGAUCCUCGGCAUCAGAACCCCUGAGCGGGCCGAGAAGGUCCACAGUCACACUGCGGGGGAUCCGGGAGGAGGACGCGAGUGAACAUCAAUGUCUUCCCCAGGUUAGCUCUCCCCUCCAUCGGCUCGGCCUGCCCUCUCGCUAUCGAGAUAAUGAGAGGAUGGCGGAACACGGAGGCGGGCAGCUCGGACUGACGGAUGCUGCUGAGCAUCAGCACCACAGCGCCAUGGCUUCCGCGGAGGAUCUGUCGUUGGAGGAGAUCCUCGGGCUUUACGGCCAGCCCGUCAACGAGGAGCAGGCUUGGGCCGUGUGCUACCAGUGCUGCGCCACGCUGCUCCAGGAGCACCGGAGGAGGAGGAGAGGCUCCGAUGCUGCCCCCACGCAAGCCUACCCGACCAGGAUAUCAGGACCCGGCGAUGUUCGGAUUGCCAAAGACGGAUCUGUGAGGCUGCACCACCAGAGCUGUGAAGGUAAAUACAACGUGUGCACACAAACGGAGGUGAUUGAGUCUCUUGGUAUCAUGGUCUACAAAGCUCUGGACUACGGGCUGAAAGAGAACGAGGAGAGGGAACUGAGUCCUCCUCUGGAGCAGCUCAUUGACAUGAUGACCAACAUAGUGGAGAGCGAUGUCUGCCCCGAUGAAGGCUACGAGGCAACCGAGGAAGAAGAUGACGCGGAUGAUGACCCUGACAACAUUUCUAGCCUUCAUGGCUACAGGGGUAUCCUCAAGAUGUGUACGGAGCAUUUACCCAGUCAGUCGGAUGCCCCCAGUCACUACCAGGCAGUGUGCCGUGCUCUGUACACGGAGACCAGGGAACUCCGGACUUUCCUAGAGAAGAUCAAGAGUGCCAAAGAGAACCUUCGUAAGAUGGAGGAAGACACAACAGUAGGAGCCAGCAGAGACCUGGAUGAGCUGCAAAACGCAGACUGGGCUCGAUUCUGGGUUCAGGUGAUGAGGGAUCUUCGAGACGGAGUCAAGCUUAAAAAGGUGCAGGAGCGCCAGUACAACCCUCUGCCCAUUGAAUACCAACUUACCCCCUACGAAAUGCUUAUGGAUGACAUCAGGUCCCAACGCUACAAACUGCGCAAAGUCAUGGUGAAUGGUGACGUACCACCCAGGCUUAAAAAGAGUGCACAUGAAGUCAUACUGGAGUUCAUUAGAUCCAGACCCCCCCUUAACCCUGUGUCUGCACGUAAACUCAAGCCACCAACGCAGCCUCCUCCCACGCUUCAUGAAAGGAUACUCAAGGAAAUUAAAUCUGAGAGGAAACUUCGAUCCGUGUCUCCCGAUGAGAUCCGCAGGGGGCGACUGGGUUUUGGCAAAACUCGCAGUAUGCCACAGGACUUGUUCCGUACGGGACUAGAGGAAUUUAGUCCAUACAUGGGCAGGAGGACGUCCAGCACUCUGUCUUUGAACAAUGAACCAUCAUCUCCAAAAAUGCAACCCUCCGGAUCUCGAUCUGUACCCCAGAGGAAGAAGCUUCUGAAGGCUCCCAGUCUUGCUGAGCUCGACAGCUCUGACUCCGAUGAUGAGAUCACAGGGAACAAAUCAAUCAGCACCUCGAGUGUGGCGACAUCUCUGAUGGAUGACACCUCUCCGGAGUCAGCACUGGGAAAGAAGACUCCUCCACUGUUCCUGCCCAUCUCGUCUACACCGCAGCCAGAGAGGCGCCAGACGCCCCAGAGGAGACACUCCAUUGAGAAGGAAACCCCAACCAAUGUCCGACUCUUUCAGCGGCCCUCUAAACAGAACUCUAAAUCUCUGGAGGAAUUUGGUUUCCCUGUGGAGUGUCUGUCUCUGACAGUGGAGGAGGUGAUGCACAUCAGACAGGUGCUGGUAAAGGCCGAGCUGGAGAAAUUUCAGCAGUAUAAAGAAAUCUACACGGCAAUGAAAAAGGGAAAGCUUUGCUUCUGUUGUCGAACCAAAAGGUUUUCCCUUUUCACCUGGUCUUACGUCUGCCAGUUUUGCAAAAAGCCUGUGUGUUCACAGUGUUGCAAAAAGAUGAGACUGCCAUCCAAACCUUAUUCCAGCCUGCCCAUCUACUCCAUCGGCUCUACUAACACUCUUCCCAGGGAGAGGAUAAGUGCCAUGACUUCUGCAGGACAGGGACUCUCUGUGGCUGGAGGUCCGCUGACUUCAGAUGUGGCUGAAGCAGCGGCAGCGCCGACUUCCAAAGCAGAAUCUAAAGGAGCUGGAAAGGCUUUUGGAGCAGCAGCAGUCAAAUCGGAGAAGUCUUCCAGUGGCCAUCGACGGCCAAGCAUCCACAAGACCAUGUCCAAGCUAUCCAAGCACGGCUCCUUAAAGUCUCAUGAAGCGCUAGAGCUUCCACCAGAGCUGACCGAGGACUGGGCCACCAUGGAGGUGUGUGUCGACUGCAAGAAAUUCAUCUGUGACAUUAUCGCCUCCAGCAAGCACAGCCUGUCUCUUGCCACUAAAAGAGCUCGUUUAAAACGCAAGACGCAAUCCUUAUACAUGUCCUCGCCUAAAGGAAGGGAGGAGUACCGGCCCACUGAGCGAACAAUCAGUGAGAUCUAAACUCGAGACGUCUCUGUAUGUACCACAGCCAUAAAUAAUACAACUCUGGGGUGGAUGAGGGCUUUGUUGAUGUGUCCUCGCCAUCAUGUACAGCUCCUCUACUGAAUUAUUUUUUAUCAUUAUGGAUAACCCUUUAAUGUCUACUCGAGAACUUAGAAAAAAGAGAGGAAACACAAUGUUUGUCUGUACCGGUACUUUCCUCUCAGAGUGAUCCACCCCAGCUCACACUGAAACUAAUAAGCACAAGACAGAAGAAAGACUGUCUGAGCUCCUUGAGCUGUCACAACGUGGGGCACACGAGGCCUGCGCAGUGGUCAUGGGGUAAAGAGUGACAGUCAGAUUUAUCGAAACUAUACAUAUAAUUUACCUUUGUAUUUUUUUGUAUGCACUCAUCAUUUUGGACAAAUUAUCACAUUUUCAUUAUUUAAAGUG